AGUGAGGGAUGAGGCUCGAGACGGGCGCGCCGGGCCAGAGCCGCGGCCUGCUUCUUCUCCCCGGAGUUGCGCGCGCCAAAGCCAAAGUUAGAGCCCCUGCAGCAUCUUCGCCCCCGUCGCACCGGCGUCUUCGGUCAGCAAGGAGAUCCAGGAGCAUGAGCAGGACUCUGUGUGGCAGGAGCAGAUGUCAGGGUACAAACGCAUGCGGCGGCAGCACCAGAAGCAGCUGAUUGCGCUGGAGAACAAGCUAAAGGCAGAAAUGGAUGAGCACAAGCUCCGUCUGCAGAAGGAAGUGGAGACCCAGGCCAACAACACUUGCAUUGAAUUGGAGCGGCUAGCCAAAAAGCAGGCUGCCCAGUUGGAGAAAGAGAUUAAAGCAUCAUCCACAGAGGAGAAAAGAAUCCAGCAACAAAUCUUGGUCCAGCAGAAGAAGGAACUGACCACCUUCUUGGACACUCAGAAAAAGCAGUACAGACUGUGCAGGGACAGGAUAAAGGAAGAGAUGACUGAGGAUCUAAGCACACCAAAAGAGGAGAAGCAAGAGAGGCUGUCACGCCACAAGGAGACAAUGCAGCGCUCACAGGCCGAGGAAGAGGCACAGCUGCUCAACCAGCAGAGGCUCAUUUAUGAAAGAAGUUGCCGUGCUCUGAAGAGACGAAGCGUCAUAAAAAAACAUGAGUUUGAACAGGAACAGAUACGGGAGGAGCUGAACAAGAAAAAACUUCAGAAGGAGAUGGAACAUGCGUUGAUGAUUCGGCAAGAUGAGUCCACACAAGACCUGGAGCGGCGGCAAUUGGAAUGUCUCCACAGGCUCCGCAUGGAGCUCAUUCGUUUACAGCAUAACACUGAACUGGAGAACCAGGAGGAGUACAACAACCGACGCCAGAGAGAGCUACACAGGAAACAUGCACUGGAGCGCCGACAGCAGCCCAGAAACCUCAAGGCAUUGGAGAUGCAGAUUAAAAAGCAAUUCCAGGACACUUGUAAGGUUCAGAAUAAGCAGUACAAAGCUCUGAGGAACCAUCAGCUAGAAGUCUCCCCUAAAAGUGACCACAAAGCCCUGAUGAAGACUCUGAAGGAAGAGCAGACACGCAAGCUUGCUGUGCUGGCAGAACAGUAUGAACAGAGCAUCAACAAUUUGAUGGCUUCACAAGCGCUACGUCUGGAAGCAGAGCAGGAGGCAGAGUGCCAGGCUUUGAAGCAGCAGUUGCAGCAGGAGAUGGAGCUUCUGGAUGCCUACCAAGGCAAGACAAAGACACAGGCUGAGGCCCAGCAUGAGAAUGACAUGCAGAAGUUAGAGCAGAAAGCAUCCUUGCGCAGGGCUCAUCUGGAACAGAAAAUUGAAGAGGAAUUGGCUGUACUUCAAAAAGAACGGACCGAAAAAGUUAAACAUUUGUUUGAGCGGCAAGAGCGAGAGCUGGAGGCUUUUGAUGUGGAGAGCUCCCGAUUGGGUUUUGGAAGCUUGGCCUCGUUUGACUUUCCAAAGGAAGAUGACAGAUGAUCAAACCAAGGCUUUUGAGGCUGUCUGAUGCUGGUGUCUGUGGAUAUGUUGUGCCUGUCUGUCUCUCAACUAUUGGAUUUACCAUGUUUCCUUUGCAGUGACCAUGCUGGAUCUGUCUUUUAAAAUCUUAAUUAUUGACUGGGAGCUUGAACAUAAACUGCAGCUGACACAAGUUACUUGAAGGAGCUAAAUAUAGAAGAACAGACCUUUUCCCCAUUUUGUCAACCUACUUUUGGUAUUACAAUCAGUACUUCAGGAUAUUUUAGUACAAGUAAGCACUUUGAUAUGUUUAAGUAUGAACCCAAAAUGUAAAGUGAACUCAUUGUGUGGAAAUGGCUUUGGUUUUAAAGGACAUUGCGACUAUAGAAUGUGUCCUCCGUCUUCACCGUGGCUAUUAGCUGUUUUUGUCUAUAUCACAGCAAAUGUGAAUACUAUUGGUGAAAGCUGUAAACAACGACAGGUUUCGAUUUUUUUUUUUUUUGGAGAUUUUAAAAUAUACUGAAUAUAUUGAGUGCAUUCAUAUUGUGAGUCAACACACUUUUUUAAGGGAAGAAAAAGCCACUAUAAUUUAAACAUUGUUCAGUAUCCUAAAUUAAUUGGCAUCAAUUUAUUUUAUUACUAUAGCAAAUCAAUGCAGUCAGAUUCCUUCCUGUUGUUAUUGCAUGCACUUUAAAAGACAAAUUCAGGUCAUGAAGUGGAGCAUGGAUCUGUCAGAGAUUUUAGCUGUAAAUAAAAGUGGUUCAUAGCAGUUUUGUUUCAUGGCUAUUGAUACUGAACAUAAGCUUUAUCUUUGAUAUGAAAGAUUGCCAAAUUGCCAAAUGCCUUUAGGUUAUGUUGAAUGUUUCAGUUUUGUUUCUUUUGCCCAGGUGACAUCAUAGUUUGUUGAAUUGUGGCUCAUUCUUUGUGAUGUUAUCAAUGCUCUUGUACAGAAAAAAAACUGGUGCAAUUUGUCUUGUAAAAAUUUAUAUAAAUAUUUGUAUAUGAUACCCGAAAUAGGGGUUUACAUGUGUAUUGGUCAGUCUUUGGCAAAAUAAAUAUGGAAAUCUUAUUCAUUGGUGACAGUGUAAGGCAAACUAUUUUUGUAAGCACAUGAGAAAGAAUUACCAGUUUCGCUUUUAAUGUGGCAAAAAAAAAAAAAAAAAAAUCAUGUCUAGUUAGUGUCAAGAAACAAAAAUACUAAAUGUCAGUCAGCUAUUUAAGAGAUAUGUCUUACAAAGUACAUUUCUUAAUAUGUUUAUUAAGUAAUUCUUACAAAGAAAUUCUUAAUAAGUGGCAAAAACGUUAGAAGCAUUAUAUGUGGCCAGGGAAAUUAAUAUCUUUUGAAGCCCAAAAGAUUCAUAUCUUUUUUAGAAUGCUAUCUGUGUCACACUAUGUAUACUCGUGUGGAGCUCAAUCUAAGGAAUAGCAUUCAGUUUCGUAUUUUGUGACUGUGAUUACAGGCCUGUUUUCAAUUAAAGCCACUGUUGAAACUGC